GUGGCAAUGGUGCUAGUACUAUUGGUCGCCAUUCCGCUAUUGGUCCACAGCACCAAACUGGGUGGGUCAGGAGGUGGAGGUACGCAUUAUGAGAUGCUUGGAAGCUGUAAGAUGGUCUGUGAUUCUCUAACACCCACCAAUGAACUAACACCUGUUUCCCCUCCUCCUCAUGACAUUCCUGGACGCAGAGGGGGUAAGUCAGGUUUUCGUGGUAACCAAGGGCCACCAGGUCCCCCAGGCCCACGUGGGCCCCCUGGAGAACCAGGAAAACCAGGUCCUCCUGGACCCCCAGGUCCAGGGCCAGGGGGAUACACCCCAUCAUUCUACAGCCCCAAAAUAGCCUUCUAUGCUGGUCUGCGCAAGCAACAUGAAGGGAGUGAGAUACUCAAGUUUGAUGAUGUGGUGACAAAUGUUGGGAAUUACUAUGAGCCUACCACUGGCAAGUUUACCUGCCCUCUUCCUGGGAUCUAUUUCUUCACCUAUCACGUGCUUAUGAGGGGGGGAGAUGGAACUAGCAUGUGGGCGGACCUCAAGAAGAAUGGACAGGUGAGGGCCAGUGCAAUUGCUCAAGACGCAGAUCAGAAUUAUGACUACGCCUCUAACAGUGUGAUCCUGCAUUUAGAUGUGGGAGAUGAGGUUUGCGUCCAGCUGGAUGGUGGGAAAGUGCACGGAGGAAACACCAACAAAUACAGCACGUUUAGCGGCUUUCUCGUCUACCCUGACUAA